GACCCGGUGCACAACCAGCAGAUGAACCCGAUCAUGGCCUUCGAGGUGCAGGAGCGCAAGGCGGCCGACUCCCGCGUCCUCGAGUACGAGCUGAGCAAGGAGGCCAACGCCAACUGGGCGGCCGCGCUCCUCCCCGUCGGCAUGGCGCCGCCACCGCUCGAGAAGGUGUACAAGCCGAGGGUGUCGUUCGUGGAGGCCUCGCCGAACUACGUCGCGGAGGACGACGUGUGGACCAGGAGGCUAGAGCUGAGGACGCUGGAGGAGGCGAUGCGCGGGGACGUGUCCAGGCCGAUGCCGAGGCCCGUCCUGUUCGCGGAGGACUACGAGAACUACCACGAGGGCAAGUACGUCAAGGACGACUGCCCGAUCGCGUGA